GCGCGUACCAGUGUUUCUACCCAACUGGUCGUGUUCCCAGCAUUCUCUCUCUACCUCGCAAAGGAGAUGGAUUCGUGGGACUCUUGGGUAGAAGACUCACUUUCAAGGUUGGAGUCACUGAAACUUCUUCGUUCCCUCAGACCGAUUCAUCUCCCCAUCAAUGAUGAAGACAAACACUGCCAAAGAACUCAAAACUUCGAUCAAUUCGAGACUUUUGAUGGUCCGAGGCAAUGGGACAGGGCAUCAGUGGAAGUAGUGAUGAAAGAGUCCACAUUCCAGAGAUGGCUGGAAAAUGUUCCUAGUUCAGGAUAUGACAAUGUAUAUAAGAACAAAGAGGAUGAUGAACUGGGAAGAAGGCCGGAUGAUGGUUUCAGGAAGCUGCUCUUAUUUUCUGGAAAUGAUUACUUGAGUUUGAGUUCACACCCAACAAUUGCUAAAGCUGCUUCGAAGGCAGCUCUACUUCAUGGAAUGGGUCCAAGAGGUUCGGCUUUGAUAUGCGGGUAUACGAAUUAUCAUAGGCGCCUUGAGUCAUGCUUGGCAGACUUGAAAAAGAAACAAGAUUGCCUUCUUUGUCCUACAGGCUUUGCAGCCAAUAUGGCUGUAAUGACGGCAAUAGGAAGUAUUAGCUCUCUGUUAUCAACUGGUGAAAAACCUCUUGAAGAGGAAAGAGUUGCUGUAUUUUCUGAUGCCCUGAAUCAUGCAUCCAUAAUUGAUGGUAUUCGUCUUGCUGAGAAGCAAGGAAAUGUGAAGGCUUUCAUCUAUAGGCAUUGCGAUACUUCUCAUCUGAACAUGUUACUAUCAACUUGCAAUAUGAAGAAGAAGGUUGUUGUGACAGAUAGCUUGUUCAGUAUGGACGGUGACUUUGCACCAAUGGUUGAGCUUGCAAAUUUAAGGAAGAAGCACGGAUUUCUAUUGGUCAUUGAUGAUGCUCAUGGAACGUUUGUAUGCGGUGAGAAUGGUGCAGGUGUAGCUGAUGAAUUUAAUUGUGUAAAUGACGUGGAUAUAUGCAUAGGCACUUUGAGCAAAGCUGCAGGUUGCCAUGGUGGAUUCAUAGCUUGCAGUGAAAGUUGGAAGCAACUUAUACAAUCAAGGGGACGAUCUUUCAUUUUCUCAACUUCUACACCCUUGCCCGUUAUAGCUGCUGCACAUGCUGCUGUUAAUGUGGCAAAAAAAGAGGCCUGGCGUAGGACAGCUAUUUGGAGUCGUGUAAGGGACUUUCGCAAUCUUACUGGAAUCCCCAUCACAAGUCCCAUUAUUUCACUUAUUGUAGGAAGUGAAGAAAAGGCUUUGCAAGCUAGCCGGCAUCUAUUGAUGUCUGGUUUCCAUGUAACUGCAAUCAGACCUCCAACUGUCCCACACAAUUCAUGCAGGUUGAGGGUAACAUUGACCGCAGCACAUACACAUGAUGACUUGAAGAAGCUCACAGCUUCUCUUUCACAAUGUAUCAACUUCCAAAGUAUAACCGUUGUUAGCACAAAUGGGUAUGCAAGAUUGUAGCCUCUUUGUAAUUCUCAAUAUAUCUCUCUCCCAUAAUUAAUUGAUGCAUAAUGGGAUUGUAAAAAUAAAUUAAAUAUUCAUGUUGCAAAGAUAAUGCAAAUGUUAUUACACACUGCCAAUUGGCAAAGCUUUAUGUGGUAGUCUUUGGUUUCUA